AUGAAAGGCUGGCCAAUCCGACCGACCUGUGGAGCAGGGAGUGAGACCGGAGGUACUCAACACCGUUCCACAGACGACAAUCAGCACUUCGACCACACCAGGUCUCCUUUACAACUCCCUAACGUUGAGCCGACUCUCAAACUCCCAAGAAUUGAUCUGACUGCUGUCUCAGGCCCAUAUUUGAACCCAGCCGGUGUGCGGACACAGCCGUGCAUGCCAGCUAAGAGGACAUCUGGAACGACCACGGCGGAGUGUGGGAAACGUCAGAAUACAUCCCAGACUCAAAUACUAUUGAGCUCGGAACCUACCUCGAGGCAUUCAGUAUACUCGCCAAUAUCACCCUCGAUACUUUUGGCAGAACGACCAAGUCGGCAAUUUGCCGUCGAUGCCUCCAUCGUCUUGAUUGGUUUCCGAGGAUCUGGAAAGUCUACAUUGGCUUUGAUGGCUGCUAGUAACCUCGGGCUACGUCUCCUAGAUACGGAUGAAUAUUGGGAAUCUGUGGUCGGGAAAUCAAGGUCUGACUACGGAAAGAUUCAUACUAAGACGGAAUGUCGACUCCGCGAGGUUCAAGUGCUAGAGAAAAUGCUGAAAGAGAACGCGACUGGGUAUGUGAUUGCAUGCGAUUCGAGCUGUGCCGAACGAUCAGUGCAGUUACUGUUCAAAGAGUAUGCCAAAACCCACCCAAUAAUAUACGUACACAGAGAACCGGAAGCCAUCCAAGAAUAUCUGCAAAGCAAGGAUAGAGAACAGAUCGGGCGGUUGUUGAGUAUCAGCAAACCUUGGUAUCUCGCCUGCUCAAAUUUUGAGUUCUUUAAUGUCACAGAACCUAUUAUGUCAGAGGAUGCCAACUUUGGUGUAACGUCGAAGGCAUAUGUGCCAUACAGAGGAACUUCGUCUUUUUCAUUCUUGGCACUUAAGAGUACGGAACAGAACUUCCUGCGUUUUAUACGUGGCAUACACGACACCAACGAGAACAUAAUUUGCAGAGCCGGAAUCCACACGCUGGCAGCCACUCCUCUAGAGUCUCGACCAUACACGUAUGUCCUUACGAUUCCGAAUACAGUCAACCCAGACGCAUUCAUCAGUGAUCAUCUCUUAAGGACCAGUCUAGACGCAUACGAAUUGAAAUUUGUCCUCAAAGAUCCCUGUCCGAGCGAGGAAUCAGGCAUACUUAGCAAUUCGAUAAGAGACUCUAUCAGCAAGACGUUUGCAUCUAUGAGACGACAAAGUUGUGUGCCCCUUAUUUUCCAUGCAGAGCUCGACCCCGAGUGCGCACCAAACCCACUGUACCUCGAAUUGCUUCAUUACGGGCUUAGGUUCUGCCCCGACUAUCUGAGUGUGGAUUUGCGCUGCAACAAAGAAGUAUUUCAAUCCAUUCGGAAUGCUUGCGGCUCGACAAAGAUACUAGGACACUAUAUGGAUCCUGAACCGUUUCAGGACAGUUGGAAUAGCAAGAGUCGCUUUGCCAAAUAUCUUGCGGCUUGGGAUAUGGGUUGCCACAUGGUACGACUUGUUCAACAUGCAAUCUCCAUCGAUGAUAACCUCGGGGUACAACAGUUCCAUAGGAAAAUUAACGCAUUAUCUGGGCCUCAUCCUCCAUUGAUUGCGUACAAUACCGGUCUCCUCGGACGAACGUCCACUAUAUUGAAUUCCCUUCUUACACCUGUCGUCCAACCGGCAUCUUAUGACAAGGGCAUUGCCGCUUCGACGAUGAUAACAGCAACAGAGGCGCAGAGAGCGCUCUAUGCAAUGUUUAUCCUCCAUCCGAUGCUCUUUUGUGUCAUUGGUGCAAAAGUGUCGCAUAGUCUAGCGCCAGCAAUGCAUAGCGCGGCAUGCCGGGCGUGGGGAAUUCCCCACGAAUGGACGCCGAAGGAAGGGUCAUCACUAGACGCGCUGGAUGAACUUGUCAAUAGUCCAGUAUUUGGCGGGGCUAUGAUCUCCCUUCCCUACAAGUCAGAGGUUCUAUCUUAUCUUCAUUCCAUUAGUCCGGCCGCUGCAGCUAUAGGAGCAGUCAAUACGAUUGUGCCGCUACGAUUCGAGUUGGACCCGAAUAUCCCCUGUCACCUCGAUCCAAGAUUUCGGAAGCAUCAGUCCGGUCAUAUCAAAGCUCUUUAUGGGGAUAACACCGACUGGAUAGGCUUUCGCAAUUGCAUCUGUCACAGCCUUUCACCGGCUAACGCAAUAAGGCAUGGGACAACCGGCCUUGUCAUAGGUGCCGGUGGUAUGGCACGCGCGGCGGUAUAUGCAAUGUUGCAAGUGGGAAUCAAGAACAUCGCCAUUUAUAAUCGGACUUUGGAGAAAGCAGAACAAGUUGCUGAACACUUCAAUAACGCCGACUUCUGUCGGCCAGAUUCAGCCGUCGAGCAUACCAUGGCUUCGGUUCUGGGGGGGGUACGCGAGGCGGCUAUGGGCGUUGUGGUGCUAAAAUCGAGGAGUGACCCUUGGCCAGACGUUAUGCGCCUUCCCACUGUCAUUGUUUCCACACUUCCUGGAUAUGGGGCAGGAAGGGAUGCAGCACCUGAUUUUCUUUUGCCCGACCAGUGGCUCAAGAGUUCAACGGGAGGAGCUUUCAUUGAGUUUGCAUAUGAACCUGUCAAGUCGCCGCUUUUCCGCCAAAUGCAGGCGAAAUCCGAGGCAGGUUGGGUUAUCGUUGAUGGCCUCGACGUGUUGCCUGAACAAGGCUUUGCUCAGUUCGAGCUCUUCACUGGACGAAUAGCACCUAAGCGGCUGAUGAGGAUGGAGGUACUACGAUCUUACAAGCAAGGAGCAACGGACGAUGAGCAAGCAUAUAUUGAAGCGCGCUUGCGACAUCUCCAGCAUGUCGCUGAUUGGGACGCUUAA